CCGAAGUUCCGGUAUCCCCACCCACGUUCCUUAUCGAGUAUCGACCAAACGCGGGAGCGAAACCGCCAUUAGAGCGCUUCCAAGUUCUGUUCCAAAAUAAUGUCGUGCAGGAUUUAUUUCCCUGCAAAAAGCUUUUCAGGAUUUGGGUUACCAGAUGGUAAAUGUCUCCCAUGCUCUGGGUUAUCUGGAGGAGUGGUGAACAUAUCUCCAUGUUCUUCUCCUGGUAAAUGGAAGAAAUUUCCCAAGGCCAAUAUUUUACAUCUGGAAUCUACUACCAGGAGUUCAUCUUUUGUUUGUAGUGCUAGUUCUAGCAAUCCGAGGAAUAAUCCUGAUUUUUCAAAGUAUAGCAAGCAUGGGGGUUUCCGAAGGCAAAAUGAAGAUAGAGAUGGCUAUGAUAACCUAGAAGAGUCUGAAAUGUUCUCAUCUGAAAAUGGGCCACUGCUUACUGCAUCCAAUACAUCGAAAGUCCAAGGGACUGCAACUCCUGGUCCAAGGGAGAAGAAGAUUGUUGAACUAUUCAGGAAGGUGCAGGCUCAACUCCGUGAAAGAGCGGCUGUGAAAGAAGGUAACAAAGUUCCAGAGCCAAAGGCUAAGGGUAAAGGUAAAGAGAGUGAAACUGUAGAUUCGCUUUUGAAGCUUUUAAGGAAACAUGCCGUUCAGAAAGAGAAGAAAACUGACAGUACUACUGACUUCAUUCUGGAUCAGUCUGAUGAGAGAAGCACGGACAGCAUUGAAUCAAAAAGCAUUUUGAAGCGGCAACAGCAAGAAAGUGAAGCCCCUGUGGGUAACCGACCAAUGUCAAAUUUCCGACGGAGAUCACCAGUUUCUAGGGUCAAGUUUCAGCCUAGUUAUUCCGAGGAAGAUACUGUUAACCCUGUUGCACCUGCUGAAACCGAUGGAGAACCUCUUGGGAUAAAUUCAAAACUCAAAUCUCUCAAUAACACUGGAAGUAAGGUUGAUGAGCUUGAGUCUCUCACAGAACCAAUUUUCUCAGAUGUGUUUGAUGAGCUGUCAGAGGACGAGAGUACUGACAUUCAUGAUGAAGAUGAUAAUGAUGAAGAACAUAACCAAGUUGGCGCCAACAAGUUUGAUGAAAUGACAGUACCCGAACUGAGAGCGAUUGCAAAGACUCGCGGUGUGAAAGGAUACUCAAAAAUGAAGAAAGUAGAGCUCAUUGAGUUGCUGAGCCAAACAUGAAGCCUCUAUCUUGGCAACUGAGCUUGAAAAUUUUGUUUCAUGGCUCCAUUUUGUUGUUACAGUUAUGCAACUUCUGUGCUACCAUUUUUUCCCCCUUUUACUAAACAAUACUGUUAGACAGCUUUGGUUAUCUUAAAUUCUCAGCUUAACCUUUCCAUUAGCUUCAUAAUCCCUUGCCUGGUUUUAUUCCUUUUCAAUAUGCACCAAUUGACUUGCUCCAUGUGGUUGAUGGAUGUUAUUAAAGCACAUGUGAAAAACAAUAGAUUACCAGAAA